ACUCGAAAGCGGGUCCGGAACCGGAUAAGGACCAUCACGGUCUCUAUGAAUGUACUGUAGUUACGUUGGCAUUUGCGUGGCCGUGAGAGUUGUGUUUUGAUGUUCUGCCUGAACUGAAUCUGAGUUCAAAUUCAACCGGUACCAAUUCUUCGUGCAUUUUGCUGCGUUCGGCAAUUCUGGUGUGCCGUAAUAAGCAUACGCAAUGCGCAGAAUCUCAAUGGGUCAAUAAUUAAUCUGACUUGUUAGAUGCCGAAGAAUAGCGGCUCUCCCACAAUGGUUUCGUAGUAACAGGUACUAUGGCAAGUCCAGAAAAACAGUUGUCAAGGAAAACAAGUCUACACAAUGUACCAUUUCUCAACUCUGAAAUUAUUCCAAAAUCACAUCAACAUAGCCCAAAUGACAAUGAUUUUCUGGGAUUUUCAUCGGAAGAUUAUGAGAAGUCAUCAUCUAGAGCUCUGUGUUCAAAGUUCUUCAUUAAUCAUAGAGAAAGAAUCAGCAAAGAACUCGAACAGAGAAUCUUACUAAGGAACGGCCUCAGUUGCCUCAAGUGUCAGCUGACAUUCUCAUCUACAACUCACCUUUCCAAGCAUUUUAUACUGUGUGGCAAGUUCUCCAUUUUUGUUCCUGGUACGCUGGUAUAUUUGACUCAAAAUGUUGAACAACUACGUGAUACAGUCAGUGGAAUGCUCAUUUGUCCAUGGUGCCCUGUCCUUUCCGCACAUUUGCCUGCACUUCUUAAACACAUCCAUAAAUGCAAGGAAGCUAAUAGAAAGAAGAAUGAAAAAGAAGUACGUCCUUUGCUAUCAUGUCCAGAGUGUCCAGUUGGAUACCUGUCACUCUUGGAUCUUCUUUAUCAUUUGCAAUGUCAUUACAUUGGUGAUAUUGAAUGUAGUCGUUGUAGUUCAUCAUUUGCAACCACCAGUUCAUUACUGACGCAUCUUCAGAAGUGUGACAUGAAUAAGGUGUUUACUUGUGGUGAUUGCGAGAACGUUUUUUCCAAUUCCAUAGAACUACAAGACCAUCUGAGAACAUGUGAAAGCAUGAUUCAGUGCUUGAAAUGUGCUGAAGUUGUAGGUUCAAGAAGAAUAGCAAUGGAUCAUGUAAUUCUGCACUUAUCUGAAGAGUGGUCUAAGUUAGGUCUUGAAAUGGAUGAUGGAAUAUUUUACAAGCUGCCUAGUAAUAAUCAAACAAAGGAUACCACCAAACGACCACUAUUACCUAGACACAAAUUUAGACGUCGCAAGAAGAAGAAAGUCAAGUGGCAAAGGAAAAAGUCACACACUGUGCCAAUCAAAAACAAAACCUUACGUCCAAAAAAGAAAGUUCAUAGUGAACCCACCUCUGAAAAUUUACAAAAUAUCUUGAACAAUUUUGUGACAAACAUUCAAUCAAACAGUUCUGAAGAUUCUGUUACUCAAACUGAAGGUACUAAAUCUUCAGCGAAACAUACUUUUUCUAGUGAUGGAAAUAUGUCUGACCUCGAGGAUCAAUGCACUGGUUUUGGCAGUGUGUCCUCUGAUGAGACGGUUUCUGCUGACGACAAUUUUUUUGGCGAAGAAAAUGAACUGUAUGAAAUUGAGAAUGAUGCAGGAGAUUCUGAGUUUGUUACAGAUACAGAAACAUUUACUGCUGAAUUACUUUCUAACAACCUCGAAGCUGACAUAAAUGACAAAGACCCUUUAGAGAGUGACACUAACAAUCUCUUUACCCCUUCUUUGGAAGGUACGGAUGGAUUAACCCUUACUGUUGUGAAUGUUGAGGGUGGAGCCAACCUCUUUAACUGGGACGAUGAAAACGAUUCUCAUUUUGCCGAAAAUCCCACGCAAGAAAACUUUGAGAACAUAACAAGUGCUACAGACUGUAGUAUUCGGGAUGUUAUCACCAGUUGUGAUGCUCCUCCAGAAGAAACAUGUGAUACCACUGAUGGAAAUGAUGAUCGAGACAGUGGAAUAGAGGGAACCGAAGAUGGUGACAGCAACAGAGAUAAAGCUGAAGAUUUUGAUAAUCAUGCAGAUUUAAUUGGACACUUGCCAUUUUCCACAGAAAACGUCCUGAAUGACGAAGUCUCCUCUCUACACGAUGUGCAUGGAACAUCUUCUGACAUGGUUCAAUUUGAAGAAGUUGUUGUGAAUAGUGAAGUAGUUGUUUCCAGUGAAGUUACAGUGUCUAGUGACAGUGUGGUGCCUCAGCAUAUGUGUGCAUCCCCUUCUACUUUUCUUAAAAUUGUUGAUGUUAAAUCAAAUUUAAAACCAAAAAGGAUUUACUCAGUUAUAGAAGAACAUUCAUAUUGCUUACCUAAAGGUCAGACUUUGCCUUGGUUCAAGAUUCGUGCUUUAACCAACAAGCAGCUUAGAGCUCAAAAGAAGGCUGAAUGUGUUUCACCCAGUGUUGGUCAAUUAGAAUCAGAUAAUCCUAACACCCUCGAAGCUGAAACAAAAUCUGAAUGUUCUAUAUCUAAUAUCAAACUGGAAACAGAUCAUCCUAACAAUGUCAAUGAUCCAGAGAAGCUUAUUCCUGAACACCCAAGGAAAAUUGUUAAUUCAUCCAGAAUUAAUCCAAAGAUCAAAACAAUUAAAUCAAUAUUGACUAGAAAUAAACUGUCAAAAUCUAUGUUGAAUGUUUCAGCCAAGAAAGCUUUGAAAACGCUUCGGAAAACCUCGUUAAUCAAGCGCUCAGAAAGAACUGUAUUUGGCGAAGUUUGCGAAAAUCUUUUGUUAAUGGCUCCUGAGAACUCAUCUGUGAAAGAACAUUUGAAUUCAUGUUUGGAGCCGGAAAGCUCUCAUCUUUCGUCUGUUGGACAGCAUAUUCAUAAUGAUUCUGUGCAUGAAGAUAUAAGUAAUCUGUCAGCAAAAGACAGCAUUGUUCUUCCUAUCAAACUUGACAGAGAAGAAAGAGAAAAGAAGGAAGUCAAUUUUAGUACCCUUGCUUCCUCACCUUCAAAUAUUACUGUUGAAAAGUCUGCUGACAUCCCUAAUAUAUCAAAAUGUUCAGAUUCUGUGAAUUCAUUGGAUUUACUCUCUGGAACAGACACUCAAGAUCCGUUUGGUAAUAUCCAAGAAGAUCAGCCAAAUCCAAUGCAAAGUCAAAGUACUAAUGCAGGAAAUCUCAAUCCCAAUAUAUCCACCAAUCGUUAUAUAUUUGUAAGUCCAGACAAAGUAAAACUACCAGCAAGCGGAAAAGUUAUUUUUCCACCAGGUCUUGUUCCUCUUGUACAAGAUAACACCCUCAUUGGUUACUGCCUGGCAUCUUCGCCACUGCCAAAUUCGAGUGUCCCCAACCUCGAAUUACCGAAAGCUCAAGAACCCACAAUUGUAUCAAAUGAACCGGAAGAGACACCUAGUAAUACUACUUCAUCAAAUUUAAAUGUAGAAUUGCAGAAGUCUUUUGGAAAGCCACAUGUCCUUGUUGAAGCAAACAGCCCAUCAACAAGAAAUGAAUUUUGCCCAAUUGUAACUUGUAAUGAAACUAAUUCUCCUGCAGUAAGCAAAUCGGAGGAAAGAUGUGCAAUGAUUUCAUCAUAUGUAAAAGAAGCUAAGUCACAAACUCAGAAUAUUUUGGGAACUACUGUAUUGCUGUCUGAAGAUACAAACAAAUUAUUUUCCACUACAAAAACUGACGUAAAAUCAGUUGGUUCUGUGGAUAUGGCAGCAAGCUCGUCACUCAUGCAAGCACUUGUGCAAAAUGAUAAACCCAUCAUCCCUAUCAGAACUAAAUCAUUUGCUAAUAUGGCUACUGAAAACUCACUAAUUUCCCAGAAUUCUCACUCAGCAAAGAGCAGAGACAACAUUCUGACCAUUUCAACUUCCUAUGAAAAAAUAUCAAGUGAAGUUAAAAACAAACUUUUGGAAACUAAGGGAGGUAAAGCAUCAAAUGAAUCUGAGAAAAAGCUGAGACAUUACCGAAAGGAACAGAGCAUGUUGUCUCGUGGGUUCAAACAAAUAGCAACUUCAUUUCCUUGGAAAACUAAUGUCUCUUCAACAACAAACCCUUUGGAAGAAAUCUUUGUUACUUCAGAGUCAAGCAAAUCAUCUCUGAUGAAAAAUAAUGAUGAGAAGAUUCUUACGUUAGAUCCGAACCCCAGCCUCAAUGUACUGUCAUCAGAAGGUGGAUUAUAUAAGGCAAGUUUAAUUAAGAUGACCUCAGAGCUUUAUUUGUUAUGUGGGCAAGCAGGUGAAGCCUGGAAGGAUUUAGAAAUGGCAGUCCCCCAUGAAUUGGAUUUGGAGUCUGAGUCUCAGGUGGAGAAUAGAAAUUUAAUUAAAGAGGUGAAUAAAUUACUCCUGAAGUACAAGAAAAUCUUGAAUGAUGUCCCAACCUCAGUACAGAAAAGUGCCUUACAACAAGUUAAAACUGUUUUGGAAGAGGAUAUUUUCAAAACAGGGCUGAAAGAUUUUUUGGCUGACCUUUUGAGUUUAGUGGAGAAACCAUGCAGAAAAUCUGGCACAGAUUUUCUUUCAAGCGAAAAGGAUGAUAUUCUAACUGCAGGUUUGAGGCAGCUCAUCACCAAAUGUUCUGAUGCAUUGAGCAAUCUUAAUUCUAAGACUACUCAUGAUUCAGGGCUUAAAAUCUCAGCUCCUACACAGUCUUUAAUGUUUGUAGUUGCUAGUGAUGGCAGUUUGCAGCCUCAUCCAAAUUUCCAAUUGCCCCCAAUAAAUCCAUCUAUAUGCAGUAAGGAAAACUUGCCCCCAGCUUUCCAAUCUACUGGCUCACUUUCUUGUGACACUUUAACUCAUGAUUUUAUCCCAACUGAAAAGCCAACCAAAGAAACUAUGAAUGUAUUUGCGCCACCUGUGAAGACUAAGUUGUUAGAAAGUGUUUUGAAGAAGACUGUGGAAGAGAAAAGAAAUGUUUUUUCAAGUAUUAGUGAAACAAAGGUAGAAAAUGUGAAAAUAUUUUCACCACCAAUGAAGAGUACACAAUUGGAAAGUGUUUUGAAGAAGACAGUGGAAGAGACACUAAAAAUAUCUCCAAGUAUUGGUGAUGCAAAGGAAAAAAAAGUGAAUGCAUUUGCCCCACCAUCAAAAACUAAGCUGCUAACCAGUGUUUUGAAAAAGGCAGUGGAAGAAAAAAGAAAUGUUUCUCCUAGUAUUAGUGAAUUAAAGGAAGAAAGAAGCAAAAAGACCCCAAAAGAUUCUAAUUCUGAUGUUUUUAAGGCUUUACAAUCUGUUCCAAAUCUGGAGCAUUAUGACGUUGUAUUAAUGUCAUCCUCUGAUGAAGACUCUGAUGGAGAUUUUAAUUUUGAAAGUUGUUCGUCACCUACCAAUCUUCAUGAAGAUGCUUUGGAAAAUAAUAGUACCCUGCAAAAAGAGGAACUAUUUGCAAAGGAUACAAAAAGUAGAAGCUCUCCAGAAAGAACAGACUUGUUAGCAAUUGAUGCUACUGAAAAAGAAACUUCAUUUGAUUCUGGUGCAUUAAAGAGCCAAACUUUAACAAACAAAUGUAAUGAGAUAUUUUCUUUAGGAGAAAGUGCACUUAAAGAACUUAACCACACUAAAUCUGACGGUGUCUCCAACAGCAAUCGAAAGGAAUUACCUGAUAAAAUUAUGAAGUCUGGUUUUGCAGAGUCCAGUUCAAGGCAACAAUCUAAAGAAAAAGCAUCUAAACUAGCAGCAGAAGUUGAGGAAGCAUGCCACUUGGUUAUUGUAGAUCUAGCUUCAAAGAAAGAGAACAAUGACGAGGUAGUAAAUGAGUCAAAAUUAAAAAAUAAUCCUCAGACUAGUGUGUACAGUAACGUAGUACACGUAAAAUUAACAGAAACGAAGUCACCUAAGUCUAAAGUAGCAAACAUUGCGCAAACAAGUGAGUGUAAUAAUGUAGUGCGCAUAAAAUUCACAGAAACAGGCACAUCAUUAUUGAAAGAGGCAAAGAUUCCACAAACAAGUCAGUGUAAAAGUCCAGUGAAGAUAAAAUUAAUAGAGGCAAGCACUUAUGAGUCUGAUAUGGGAAAUAUUUCAGAAAAAAGUGUGUGUAGUACGGUGGAGGCAAAAGUAUUGAAAAUAAGCACGCAAUCCAAUAGAAAGAACAGUCCACAAACAAGUUUGUGUAAUAGUAUAGUGCAGACAAAACAACUGGAAACAAGCACUCCUGAGUCUGAUGUGGCAAACAUUCCACAUACAAGUGUGUGCACAGUGCAGACAAAAUUAUUGGAAACAAGCUCAUCUCAAGAUAAAUUUUCUAGCUUAAAGGACACACUGACAAAGGAAGUAAAAACGUCAUCUGAUGUAAUGAAAGCAAAAUGGAGAAAAUCUACUAAUGUAGUAGGAAGGAGAAAGUGGCUUUCACAUUUUAGAGUGAACAGUUUUCCCCACCGAAAAAUAAUGCCCGAAAUGAAAAGCUUCAGGAGAAGGGAGAUGGGUCGUGAGGGACUUCAUAAAGUUACUAAAACUUAUUCAUUUUCAUGCCGGCAAUGCCCACUAUGGUUCUACACCCAAAGAGACUUAGAACGUUUGCAUGUUUGCGCUAGACGUAUUUUAGAAAAGAAAUUUACUUCAGAACAGUAUGACCGUUUCUUUGAUGGUGAGAUUAAUCACGGUAUGGAAAAUACAAUUUCAAAGCUCAAAGAGAGUGAGGAGAAUAAAGAUAAUUGUAAGUUACAAGAAGCAAUGAGGCAUGAAGAGCAAAGAUGUAAUAGUGAAACUAAAUUUAUCAAAGAGAAAGUGCAGCAAGAAGAAAAUUCAGGCUUGUCACCCUUUGAAACAUAUGUAAAAAUGAAGAAAAUGCGUCACUUUAUUUGUGACAAGUGCCCAUUAAGUUUCAAAAGCUUCAAUACUUUGCAUGAACAUAAAACUGAGGUUCAUACUGAAAUUUUAUCAUUGAUAUGUCAUAUAUGUGGAAAGCAAUUCUCACGUCUGCAGAAACUUGCAGUCCAUUGUGCCAAAAGUCACAAAAUAAGCAUGAAAUCUGAAGAUUAUAACAAGUCUCUUCCGGUGAAUGCUACAAACUCAUCCUCAUCUGGAAAGCAGAGCAUGAAAAAAGAGAAUUGUAGUAAAUCUGAGCAUGAAAUUGUAGAAGCUAAAAAAGAGGAGCUUUUACCUAUGAAACCAUCUUUUGCCUGUAAGAUCUGCAAUAGAGUUUUUCUUGGCUCAGGUGGUUUGCAGUCUCAUAUCAACCAAGCUCACAGCACUCUUCACAAGUGCCCUUCAUGUCCCAGAAGAUUUACAUAUCUUGAAAAACUUCAAAAGCACUGUUUAGACUUCCAUUCUGUUCCCCUGUCCAAUUUGUUAAAAACAGAAGAUCCUGAUAAGUCUUCCUCAGAAUCCAUAAUCAACCCCUCAGCUCAAGGAAUAGAAAACAUUUUGAGUGAAAAUUUUACUGACAAACAAGUAAUUAAAAGCUGUGACUCCACAAAUCUGAUGGACAGUAGUUUGGGUUCUUCAAUGGAACUUAAUACUGAAGGUACAAUUGAGUCAAACGGUAUUCCCUCAGCAAGCCAAAACCGACCAAAGAAGCGCAAGAAAACCAAGUGGAGAAUAGUCAAUGAUUCAUCAGAUGAAAUGAUUAGCCCUGUUAAAAGCACUAAAAAUCCAAGGUUAUCCGAUGGAAGCUCAGAAGAGCUCUCACCUUCAAGAUCACUGGUCAUUUCAUUCAGCAAAAUCAAGAAGUCCCAGUAUACUUGUAACUGUUGCAGUGAAAGCUUCAAGAAGCACCAAUCUCUGGUGCGUCACCUUACGAAUAUACAUAAAAAUGGACCAUUUCUGUGUACUAUAUGCAAUGUGGAGCAAAGUGAUGCUCUGCAACUUCAUCUGCACUUGAGACAAUGCAAUAAGAUCCAGCUUACGGAUUCUUCUCUUCAGAAUUUAUGCUCUGAUAACCAUGCAAUGUCUCCUCCUGUUCUUCCUUUGUCAUGCCACAAAUUUGAUGAGAUAAAUAAUGAGCAUAAGGCAGGGAUGUAUAAACUAUCAACAGUAUCAGAUGAUAAUAAAAUGGGUUUAUCUCGUGAGGUAUGUGUAGAAAAUCCUGGCGAAUCUACAUUGGAAGAAAAUGACACAUCAAAUUAUCAAUUGGCCAAUGAUACUAGAUGUAAUGACCAAAAUGCUGUCAAUGACCAUUCUCUUAAGGAUUCCAUAACAGAAGAACAGAAUAAAUGUCUCAAUUCGCCCAUUGCAAGUACCAAUGAGCAAACAGCCUGCAAAAAAUUGCCAACAAAUAAGAGCCCAGCAGCACCUGAUUGCAAUUUGACAAAAUUGAAGGUUUGCAAUAAAAGGACUGUUAAAAAAAGGAGAACUUCCCACCAAGUUUUCUCUGAUUCUAUUAGUAAAGAAGAGAUGUCAUCCGUCCGAAAGCCAACAUGGGUUCGUAAAGGAGGUUGGAAAUGUGAAGUUUGCCAGAAAGAUUUUGGAGCAAAGGGUUUUCUGGAGCGUCACUGUAUCAAAAGUCAUGGGGCUCCUGCCAAAUAUAACUGCCCAUACUGCGGGAAAAUUUUUAUUGACUAUCGCAGUCUUAGAACCCAUCACAAAGCUAAACACAAUAGAAAAAAAUGGUUAUUUGAGGACAAGAAUGUUGAUAAAUCUUCUCUUCAUCAGUUGCCCAAACACAUUGAGAAAGUUUCUGGUUCUGAUAUGUCUGAUGAUCAAACCAUUCUGAAAAAGUGCACACUCUGUGAUAAAGGUUUCAGAAGAAAUAUUGAUCUAAGAAGGCAUAAAAAUAGAUACCACAGCAAUCGCACUGCAGUUAAGUGCCCUAUUUGUACUCUUCAAUUUGAAACUAAAAAUGAUCUAGCUUUUCAUCAUUCUGAAAUUCAUGAAAAAGAAGCAGUCACGGCCGUUGUUUUGCAACCAAUGAACCAGUGCCACUCUUCUAAUAGUUUGGAUGCUCGGCCGGGACCAGAAUCUAGUCCAUCCUCAGCUCUUCAAGAUAUUGAAAAAUCUUCAUCUACCUCAAAAGAAGAUAGUCAAAAUCUACAGUCAGAGAAGAACUCUUCUGCAGGCGAGAACAAAGGGGAAUUCCAGUGUGCUGAUUGUCCUUUAGCUUACAAGAAAUAUUCAUGUUUGAAACGACACCGAAUUCUAAUGCAUGCUGAGCCAGCAAGCUAUUACUGUACCAUUUGUGGCAAAGGAUUCUCUUAUCCUCAUUCCUUAAAAAAUCAUGUCAUGACUCAUUCCCGUGGUGAGUUAAACUCAAAGAGAUCUGACAGAGCCAGUAAAGGGACAUGGAGAAAAAGGAUAUCAAGUGAGGAGAAAUCAAAUGCUCAGUCUGAAGAAACCUGUGAUAACUCAGAAAGUCUUGAUGAUUCCCCAGGUGAUGGACUUCACAAGCCUCAACUUCUCAUUAAACCAAAAUCCCCCAUGUCUCCUCUUAAGAGUGCAGAAACAAAUGCUCUUUUUAAAACACUCGAAGAACCCCUCAGUGCUGCGGAAAAUGGUGUAUCCACUCUAACUCAAGAAAAUGGAGUUCGUUGCAUUAAUUAUAAUGACCCGGAAAUGAAGUCAAAUGAAAAUGAGACUUUUGUUCCUAGAAGUGACAAGGAAGCCUGUAGUAUUGACUAUUCUAAUGCUCCAUCUCAUUCUGAAUUCAGAGAAGAACCAAGUGAUCAAAAUAGUCAUGCUACUAUGUCUACAACUGACCUAAAUGUUCCUCCGGCAUAUCCUCCUUGGAAUGGAAUCAGUGACAAUGCUUUUUCUACCUCUGGUUUUUCAAUUAAUGACAACCACUGGACACCUCCAUUCCAAACUACUGAAGCGCUCAACACCUGUUCUAUUUGUGGUCUAUGCCUGCCUUCUUGGUACAGUCUUCAAGAACAUUACUACAUUGCUCACCCCAAUCCGAAUUUCUAUGCUCCCCCCAAUCCAAAUUUCUACGCUCCCCCCAACCCAAAUUUUUAUGCUCCCCCUGUGACAUAUCAGACUUAUCCUCAAGAAUAUGCAACAUACAACAAUUAUAGUGCUUUUUACGGUGGCUCUUUCCCAAUCAGCCGUUCUUCUCCACCAGACAAUGGAUCCUCCACCUCUUUUCAAGAACUUACAAGUCAUAGUGUUGCUCAUUGCUCAGUCUGCGGUUUGUGUUUUCCUAAUCUGUUAGCCCUUCAAGAGCAUUAUGCUUCACAUAUGGUAUCUUUACCCGCUGGUAAUCCUGUACUUCAGAAUUCAGCAUUCUUUUAGAGUUAUUUCUGUACUUGUUGUGAUAAUCUGUGUUCAUCUUAGCCUCUCCAGAUUUUGAGGCAUUGUAAAUAAUGGAGCAGAGAUUGAACUGAUUUGGUCACUUAAUGGUGCGUAACAACACCAAUUUUGACCUGACUAAAUGUGAUAUGAAUUUUGUAUUAUAUACUGUAGAAUUCUUUUUGUUAUGAUGUUAUACUGUAUUGUGGCAGUUUAAGAUCUUAUUUUUCUUUUCAAUCUGAUCAAUAACCGUUAAGAACUUUUGACAUUUUUUAAGGAAAAAGAGCUUGAUGAGGCCGAACUGAUUUCUAGUCUUUAUCAAUAGAGAUUCCCCUCUCUUUUACUGACCCCUCUUUUGUUUCUUUAGUUUGCUGUAAGAAAGAGAGAAUUAAUAUAAUUUUUCCAUAUUUCAUGUACUGCAUAGGAAUAGCAUGAUUGUUUCUCUUUUAUUGUUUUACUACAGUGAUUUUUUCCAUUAAAUUUACAACAUUGUCAUUAUUGCCAUGUGUAUGCUUUUCCCUAGGUUUGUCAUGAGACUGAAGAAAACUGUCACCUCUGCAUUUGAUUUCUAACUUUUAUUUUCUUCUCUGUGACCUCCUAAUAUAUUCAACAAACAUUCGGUUUUAUUGUGAAUGUCAGGGUGUAGUUUAGACAUAAGGACGCAUUGUGAACUCCACAUUAAAUAAAAUUGUUUCCCCAUA